CUGCAAGUGUUCACUGCUAGUGCUGCUGUAAACAAACUGCUGAGGGAAGAUGUCCUGGGCUCCCUGGUCGAAUAUUCUUAAAUCGUGAACAAUCUACUACUUUACUAAACCUGUCAUCUGUAUGGGAUAAUUAACCCUUAUGUUAGUUUAAGACAUGUCUCUGUACGAUGACAUCGAUACUGACAAAGCCUCGGGUGCUUCAGGAUGGGCAUCUGGCAUCAAGCUCAUGCAUAAUCAGCUGGCAUUUAAAAAAGCGACCAUCACAACACCAAAGCGGGACCAGACGCGUCGAGUAUCUGGCACCAAACUACCACCAGUGAUUGACCUGAAAUCUCGACGGGAAGACGAUGAAAACACUCCGCCUCUUCUCUUUCCGGGCCAGAAGCAAGAGUUUGGGAGAGCCACAUCGGUGAAUCCCUCAUACGUCGGUUCCAGCGAUCCAGAGUGGAAGUUUAUCAAUGAGUACGACCCGUUAUGGCCCAAUGACUACGAGAAGGUUGUCAAAGAAAUGAGAGAAAAGAGAGAUCGAGAGGAAGAGGAGACAAGAAUUAAGGAGAGAGAGGAAAGAGAAAGGAAAAGAAGAGAAAGAGGAGGAUCAGAAGAGGCGACAGGUUUUGCCCGGCUUAGAGAACCAGAGGAGGAAGAAGAGGAAGAGGAGCGACCGAGAAGAGGUGCAGGUGCUGCCAUUGCACCCCCUCCAUCACUGGGAGCAGAUGAUGGAGCUCUUGCUGGGGUUCCCUCAAAUAAAGGACCAAACUUUAGUGGUAUUGGGAGUACAAUUGCUGCAAAAAUUAUGGCAAAAUACGGUUUUAAGGAGGGUCAAGGACUUGGUAAGAGUGAGCAGGGUAUUGUCCGAGCCCUGGAGGUAGAAAAAACGAGCAAGCGGGGCGGUCGGAUUGUUUUGGAACGUGAAGAUUCCCCCGGACCACCCACCAUGCCUCCUCCAGUUGCCCUGCCACCCCCACGUACACCACAGUCCGACAAGCCCGAGGCAAAGAUGGCGCAUAUAUUACGUAAUCCAUCCAAGGUGGCGCUUCUCAGGAAUAUGGUCGGGCCGGGUGAGGUGGACGAUGAGUUAGAGCCGGAGGUCCGCGAGGAAUGCAAUGGCAAAUACGGGGCUGUCGUUCAAGUGGUCAUCUUCGAGAUCCCACGAGCCGUACCUGAGGAAGCCGUGCGCAUUUUUGUCGAGUUCCAGAGAGUUGAAUCAGCCAUUAAGGCUGUUAUUGAUUUGAAUGGGCGAUUCUUUGGUGGGCGUCAAGUUAAGGCUGGCUUCUAUGACCACGAAGACUUCAAGGCGUACAAACUCAAUGAACGUUGUGACUAACCGACACACAUCAGUCCAAGCACAACAUAACAUUUUUCCACAUGGGUUGCCUCUCUGUUGUCGUUGUUGCUUUGGAUUUGCUGGUUGUCAACACCUGGGUCGUUACGUCCUUAGCAAAUUUGAAUUUUGGGCAGUGAGGUCAUUUCUACUUCAGUGUUUGAAAGUCAAGCUACAAAGAGAAAAAAUUUUGUAAUACUGACAAUUAGAUACCAUUGUCUAAGUACUUUUUAUGUCUGAAGUAUAUUUUUUCCUUUCUGAAAUGUCUUGUCAGACAUAUAAAUAAACAGAAAGUGUUAUA